CAGUUGACGAAGACGCUCAAGCACCUGCUGACCACGCACCGGCAACUGGAGAACGACGCAGCGGAGAUCCAGGCCGGAAUGGACGAACUCUACCGCAUGCAAGAAGAGCGAUCCCAGCACAUCGUCGGACGGCUCAAGAACGCGAGCUCAACAAUCCUCACCUUUGGAGACACGAGCCAAGACACGCACGCUGAGCGUCAUGAGCCCGAUGACGAUGACAAUGAAGACGAGGCGAUGAACUAG